CAGUGGUGGGGUGGUCAGGGGAUGGUCAGUGGUGGGGUGGUCAGGGGUUGGUCAGUGGUGGGGUGGUCAGGGGUUGGUCAGUGGUGGGGUUGUCAGGGGUUGGUCACUGCUGCCUCAAGGGUUUGCGCUAAUACCCAACUAGUGACAGCUCAUGUGUUGGAGGAUGUCAAGUAUAUGAGUUGUCUAAUUCAUGUGUCAUCAAGGCACGCACCCCUCACUGGCUUGUAUCAGACCUCAUUGUGGAGUUUAUGGAAGCAUCUUGGAGUGAGAUUUCAGCUGAUUUCUUUAUGUGUGUUGGUGUGUAUUUGCCUUGUGUUGGAGGGUGUCAAGUAUAUGAGUUAUCUAAUUCAUGUCAGCAAGGCACACACCCAACACUGGCUUAUAUCAAACCUCAUUGUGGGGUUUAUGGAACCAUCUUGGAGUGAGAUUUCAGCAGGUUUCUUUGUGUGUGUUGGUGUGUAUUUCCCUUGUGUUGGAGGGUGUCAAGUAUAUGAGUUAUCUAAUUCAUAUCAGCAAGGCACACACACCCAACACUGGCUUGUAUCAGACCUCAUUGUGGGGAUUAGAGGAGCUUCUUGGAGUGAGAUUUCAGCAGGUUUCUUUGUGUGUGUUGGUGUGUAUUUGCCUUGUGUUGGAGGAUGUCAAGUAUAUGAGUUAUCUAAUUCAUGUCAACAAGGUACACACACCCCACACUGGCUUGUAUCAGACCUCAUUGUGGGGUUUAGGAGAGCAUCUUUAAGUGUGAUUUCAGCUGAUUUCUUUGUGUGCUGGGAUUUUAUACGACACUUACAUUUCUACUAUUUAAGGCUCCUUUGUAAACACCAGGUCCAGCGUUGAAGGUUCAUCUCUCCCCUGAAUUCUGUGUUCACUUUGACCCAUUUCGUAAGAGUGUUGUCCAUUGCCGUCCUCAGCAAUGUACUUCCCCAUGACCUUUCCCUCACCUCCCUCUGAUGUCGGCUCCUCCCAACACACCUCAUUGGGUUCUGUAUGUCGCAAAUGUGUCGUGAAAACUGUGUCUAUGAAGGACCUUUGCAGAUUUUUACAUUUUUCACUGCUGUGGGAACGGGUGGCUCUGUGACCUUGCGCAUAAUGUAGAACUGUUCCUUCCCAUCUUCACUUGCUGUAUAAUCUCAUGUGAAAGUCAUCCAGUCCCUCGUGAAAGUCUGUCCCCAAGGCUGUGAUACUAUUGACAGAGGAAUGAAUUUAAACUCCCAGAAAAGUUUGAUUCAUAUAACAGUUGCUGACCUAAACUUUGCCCUGAGAAAGAACAUACAAACAUAGGAGUUUGCAAGAGGCUGGUAGGUGAUAUUUUUGACAAAGGAAUGAUUUAAAACUCCCAGAAAAGUUGGAUUCAUAUAAAAGCUGCCUAUCUGAACUUUGCCCUUAGAGAGAAUGGUUCAGUUUCAUUGUAAGAGAAUGGAAAAGUCACCCAUGAAAGUCUGUCCCCAAGGCUGUGAUACUAUUGACGAAGGAAUGAAUUUAAACUCCCAGAAAAAUUUGAUUCAUGUAAAAGUUGCUGACCUAAACUUUGCCCUGAGAAGGAACAUAAGAACAUAAGGAGUCUGCAAGAGGCUGGUAGGUCCAUGCAAGGCAGCUCCUGUAAACCUAACCCCACCUAACAUCACUAUCCAUAACCUUAUCCAGUUUUAUUUUUUAUUUAUCCUUUUUUUUCCAGUUUUAUUAUAAGCAAAUGUGUGUCCAGUGUUCACUUUCUCAUCUCACUUUCAAUCUCACUUUCUGUAUAUGGAUCCACUAUUAAGAAAGUUUUGGGGUUCAACUCUUGUAUGGAUUCCACUGUGUUUAAAGUUUAUGGGUUCAAGUCUUCCCUGAACCCACUCUUAACCCGAGAACGGCGACAGACCUCAAUUAAGGCUUGCCCAAGGAGAGGCGACAAGCCUUAAUUGAGCGCGAUUUUGAAUGCGUACAGAAACCGCACCAGUAGGUCUAGAUGGCUGAAAAUUGGACUGGAUCAUGUAAUAUAUGGCAACACUCAGUAGGCCUACCCACUAUCCCCACGCCAUGCAUUACGCCCACGUCAGUCAUCUUGCCGCGCCUCGUAGCACGUCUUGUUUAUAAAUUAUUGAUAAACUAAAAGCUAAGAUAUAGAUGAGGUGUAUAUCAGUGUUACAAAUAUGUGUGCGUGCAACGUGUCAUUUACGCUGACGUCCCUCGUCUUGCCUCGUCGCGCAUAGUCCCCCUCGCACGUCCCAUGGGUUGCCAGCGCUCGGCUAAGUCCCAUUCAUUGACCGCUGCCAUGGCCAUACAAAUAGGUUUAGAACAUUUUAGUUUUCACCGUCCUAUGCGCUCCAAUAUUCCAAAGGCGCUGAGGUACUGUUUUUACAAUUCUGAGAGACUCAAUUUUUUGGUCAACCAGUCACCUGACAAGGGCUCUCUCCAACCCUGGGAUCGCUUUUCUCUGGUUAAGGUGGUCUGGGGGUUCAAGUCUUGCCCGAACCCACUACUUUUGAGACAGUUUGGGGUUCAACACUUAUAUGGAUUCCACUAUGUAAAGUUUAGGGAUUCAUGUCUUGCCUGAACCCACUUUUAAGACAGUUUUGUGGUUUAACUCUUUUAUGAAUCCAACUCUUGAAGCAUAUCACAGCCUUGGGGAGGUCUUGACUUAAGUAUAUACAGUAUUUAUAGGGAAAAACAAUGUAUACCCAAUAGUAAUUUACAUUCAUAGCUACUGUCUUGUGUUCCAGAAAGACUGAUUCAUAAGCCACCAGAUGUUUUCCUUGGCAUAGAAGCAGUACAGAGUUUCCCUUGUCCACAAACCCCACAAGAAUAUAUAAGAUUGUUUCAUAACUGUUCACUGACUUGCCAUAGCUACUGUCUUGUGUCCCAGAAAGACUGAUUCAUGGGUCCACAAAUGUUUUCCUUGGCAUAGAAGCAGUACAGAGUUUCCCUUGUCCACAAACUCCACAAGAACAUAUAAGAUUGUUUCAUAACUGUUCACUGACCUUCCAUAGCUACUGUUUGGUGUCCCAGAAAGACUGAUUCAUGGGUCCACAAAUGUUUUCCUUGGCAUAGAAGCAGUGUAGAGUUUCCCUUGCUUCUGUGGACGCCUCAAAUGUUCCUUGGUAUAAAAGUAAUGUCCAGAUUCCCUUGUCCACGCACAACCAGCGACUACGAGCACCUCAGGACUAUAUGUGGACAGGGAAGAGUUAUUGUGCUGUGUGUGUGUGUGUGUGUGUGUGUGUGUGUGUGUGUCGAAGUGUUCUUGUGACUGUAUCAAUAACAUGUUUUACAGUAUUGGUGUGUCUCAUGUUAACCCAGACAGGAGGAGGAGAGGAAGAAGAAGGAAGGAAGAAAGGAACUGCUCAGGAAAGGAAGGAAGGAAUUGCUCUGGAAAAGAAGGAAGGGACUGCACAGGAGAAGGAAGGAAGGAAGGAACUGCCCAGGAGAGGAAGGAAGGAAGGAAGGAACUGCCCAGGAGAGGAAGGAAGGAAGGAAGGAACUGCCCAGGAGAGGAAGGAAGGAAUGGACUGCACAGGAGAGCAAGGAAGGAAGGAAGGAACUGCCCAGGAGAGGAAGGAAGGAAGGGACUGCACAGGAGGAGAAGGAAGGAAGGGACUGCACAGGAGGAGAAGGCAGGAAGGAAGGAACUGCCCAGGAGAGGAAGGAAGGAAGGGACUGCACAGGAGAACAAGGAAGGAAGGAAGGAACUGCCCAGGAGAGGAAGGAAGGAAGGGACUGCACAGGAGAGGAAGGAAGGAAGGGACUGCACAGGAGAACAAGGAAGGAAGGAAGGAACUGCCCAGGAGAGGAAGGAAGGAAGGAACUGCACAGGAGAGGAAGGAAGGAAGGAACUGCCCAGGAGAGGAAGGAAGGAAGGGACUGCCCAGGAGAGGAAGGAAGGAAGGAAGGGACUGCCCAGGAGAAGAAGGAAGGAAGGAAGGAACUGCCCAGGAGAAGAAGGAAGGAAGGAAGGAACUGCCCAGGAGAAGAAGGAAGGAAGGAAGGAACUGCCCAGGAGGAGAAGGCAGGAAGGAAGGAACUGCCCAGAAGAGGAAGGAAGGAAGGGACUGCAUAGGAGGAGAAGGAAGGAAGGAAGGAACUGCCCAGAAGAGGAAGGAAGGAAGGGACUGCAUAGGAGGAGAAGGAAGGAAGGAAGGAACUGCCCAGGAGAGGAAGGAAGGAAGGAACUGCCCAGGAGAGGAAGGAAGGAAGGAACUGCACAGGAGAGGAAGGAAGGAAGGAAGGAAGGGACUGCACAGGAAGGAAGAAACUGAAGGAUUGAGACAGAAGGUAGAAUAAUAACAAGGAAAAGACUGCAUAGGAAAAGAAGGAAAGAAUUACCCAGGAAAAGAAGGAAGGAAGGAAGGAACAAACUGAAGGAUGGGAACAUAUGGUAGAAUAAUAACAAGUAAAACAAAGGUAAGUGUCAUUAUCUCCACCAAGGUCACCAUUUAUUUGCGUUAACCCCUUCUUGGCGGCACCACUAUAAAUAAAAAAUCAUCCAUAUAUAUAGACUUUGCUGCAUGUAGUCUAUACAUCUAUGUGUAGUUUCCCCGCCAUACCAAUGAUCAUGUGAGCAAGAUGGAAGUGUGUAUGUGUAUUUCCUACAAACUACCGUCGUCACAUGAGAGCAAGGGGCGUAUUAUGAGAGAUUUUGCCACCCAAGAACACGUAUUUGACAAGGCUUUCGUAGGAGUUGUGGGCAUUUCCAAGGGUAGUUUUAUGACCUUGGUGGUAGUCUGACCCUUCUUCUGUACCGUGAACCUGAAGAAACACAUAUUUGACAAGGCUUUCGUAGGAGCUGUGGGCAUUUCCAAGGGUAGUUUUAUGACCCUGGUGGUAGUCUGACCCUUCUUCUGUACCGUGAACCUGAAGAAACACAUAUUUGACAAGGCUUUCGUAGGAGCUGUGGGCAUUUCCAAGGGUAGUUUUAUGACCCUGGUGGUAGUCUGACCCUUCUUCUGUACCAUGAACCUGAAGAAACACAUAUUUGACAAGGCUUUCGUAGGAGCUGUGGGCAUUUCCAAGGGUAGUUUUAUGACCCUGGUGGUAGUCUGACCCUUCUUCUGUACCGUGAACCUGAAGAAACACUCAUUAGAACCCGAUUGAUCCCCUCUUUGGCCUUUAGAAAUAGCUGAUGUGAUAUGGCAAAGUGUCUUGUAAUACCAGCCCAAAUGUCCACAUGUAGACUUAGAGGCGUAUUACAAGUCACAUCUGAGAAGUUUUGGGUCCUUAGAGUUAUUCAUCCUGAACUCUGUAGGGACCCAAAACUUCUCGGAUUUGACUUGUAAUGCAGCCCUUAGUGAUAAAUAGUCCCAGUUUCAAAGAGUCCAUAUGUAGAUCCUCCGCUUGGAAGGGGUUAAGGGGAAAGUUUGCCGUGGAUUAUAAUUGCAUCUAUGGUCAUGAAUAAUUAAUAUGUUGUAUAUAUUAGUACCUUUGUUAUCAUAUGAAAAUUUCAAGCUGAUCAGAUCAAAUGAAAAUUCAAGAAAAUUAUUUUUCGUUGUUUUUAUGAAAAAAUUAAAUUAAUUUUUCUCAGCCAUUUUCUCACUAAAUUUCUUGU